AAAACGUGACUGGUGCAUGGAAAAAUUAUUUAACCCAACAACACAGUCAGAUAAUUUCAUUUGCAUCACUUCAUGUUCCCACGAGGCUACGAGCUGAAGACCAAGACAAUCAAUUUUAGAAGCAACACCGGGCAGGAGCAGAAUUUGUGAAUGAACUUCAGUCGUUUUACUUUUGCUGCGACAAGGAAACGUUCUGUCUGACAUGGGUCACUGUUGGUCAUGUAUGUGUAAGGAUAAGACAACUCUCUUCCGUCGAGGUGGAUGCUUAGACGAUUGGGUUUUCGUAGAUUCCGAUGUUGAAGACGACGAAGAAAAAUUUUACCGAGAUGAGGCACUCGACGAAAUCCUGUCAGCCUUCGAGGAAGCUCUCUCCUGGCCGAAAGAACAAAACCACUUCCCAAAUUCGACGGCCAUUGAUACUAUGAACUCAAUGUUCGGCAUGGCUACUUCAGAAAUGUCUCGCUUGGCUUCGGAGAAUAAAUUUACCGAGGCUGAUGAAAUAGCCGAUGCUAUCGUAGAACUUUAUUACGUUUGGGGAGAGGGUGUCUUUAGCUCUCUGAACGUGACGUUUUUCACGAGAGAAGAGAUUUCGCUUAACCGGUUUACCAUCAAAGUUGGACAAUACCUAAAACCAGAGCCGUUGCAGGAGCGAGAAAAUGACAUAGCGGUCAAGCUGUAUUUCUUCAUUGUUUACGAUAUGGACCUAGAGAAAUACGUUUGCACAUACCACUUGGAAUACAGAGAUUUUAGUGGAAUGUCUGCUGGAGUUUAUUUUCUGAGGCUCAAAUCUCGCAGAGGAAGGUUCCAGGUUGCAUCUUAUGGCGAGGGCUGUCCAACAUACUGGAAAAUUCGACAAGAUGUUUUGAAAGACUUCUCCAAGAGAAAGCGGACCUUUAUUUCAUGUUAAUGUAGUUUUGAAGUUUCCAUGGGUUUGGGAUCGAGAAUACGUACAAUCCUUCGCUAGCUGUAAACAGGAGUUCAUUUGAGGUUGUGAUAUUUGGACAGUUCCUUGUCCACUAUUCUUAUAUUAAGUGAGUCGUAAAACCUUUAAUGACCGCAAGGGAUAUUUCAUAUAAUUCACAAUGAGGAAGUUUUGUAAAUAAUGUACGGUUUGCAAGAGGAGUGGAAAUAUUUUGUUUGUCUUAACUAGUUUUAUGGUUGGUAUAGUCAGUGCGGUUAAAGAACGGCAUGCGGAAAACUGAAAACUACGUAUCAAAGUUCUAAUCGCCGCUGUUUCAUACUAAAUGAUGAGUAUAAACUACGAAUAAAACAAACAUGACAAAGUUAAAACUUAACCCAUUGUUCCUGAGAGCGAAAUCAAUGCCACUGUUCUGCGAAAAUAAAUCUCUA